AUGGCUCCACAAGAUACCUUUUUUGAAGAAGAGGACGACACCUGCCCGCUAUGCAUAGAAGAGUUCGACCUUUCAGAUCGGAACUUCCGACCGUGUCCAUGCGGAUACCAGGUGUGCCAGUUCUGCUUCAACAACAUCAGGAAUAACAUGAAUGGUCUGUGUCCUGCUUGCCGAAGACCAUACGAUGAGAAGACAAUACAAUGGAAGAUGGUUACUGCCGAAGAGGUUGCUGAAUACAAGGCCAACGUACAAAAAAAUCGAAAAAAGCGAGCCGAGGUACAAGGGCAAAAAGAGACUCAGAAGCGAGACACCGAGAAGGAGAGUCGCAAGAACCUCGUCGGCAUUCGAGUAGUGCAGAAGAAUCUGGUAUACGUCACUGGCCUUACGCCUACGGUUCGGGAAGAUGAGCUCUUGAAGACCCUACGACAGCCGCAGUUCUUCGGGCAAUACGGUAACAUCCAGAAGAUCUCUAUCAGCAACCGUAAAACGUCCGACGGCCAACAUCAAUCUCUCGGCAUCUAUGUGACGUUCGAGAAGAAGGAGGAUGCGGCACGCUGUAUUCAAGCUGUUAACGGUUCACAAAAUGGCGAUAGGGUUCUCAAAGCUCAGCUCGGCACGACGAAGUACUGUUCUGCUUGGUUGCGGCACGAACAGUGCACGAAUCGGCAGUGCAUGUUCCUUCAUGAGCUGGGCGACGAGGAAGAUAGCUACACCAGACAAGAUCUUUCCUCUCUCAACAGCAUCAACAGUCAGCGUCCAACAUCGAACCCCGCCUAUGGUCCGUUCUUCCAGCAAGGAUGA